UUUUAGUCUCGUCAGCAGUCCCUGCAGUGGAUGGUCGUUGCAAAUUAUUUUCCUGCUGAUUGCGACUAUUUUUUCAUGGCUAACUUUUUCUACAAUGCAUGAAGAUGAAUUAACAGGAGUCACUAUAUCAAAUGUAGAUGUCGGCAAUAGAAAACGAAACAUUGAGUAGAGAGAAAAUUAUCCGUGGCAGAGUCUGCUGCGGAGGCUACUAGGACAACUGACAACGGAAUGAUGGCUGGGUUGCGGAACUUUGAAGUAGAGCAGCUAGAUUGGUACCAUGGGGACUUGUCACGUCACAUGGCUGAAGCCCUCCUCAUGGCGAAUGCAGAGGAUGGAAGCUACCUUCUACGCUCCAGUGCCACACGAGUUGGGGAAUAUUCACUAUCAGUCAAGUGCAAAGACUCAGUAAAACACUUCCAGAUUGGAUGGGAUGGCAAGCAGUAUCAGUUUGGAAUGGGGGUGUUCCAGUCUCUACAAGAGUUUGUUGAGCACUUUGCAAACCAACCUCUCAUUGGUGGAGAGUCAGGCAUUCUCACAGUGCUGCGUCACCCCUAUUCCCGUAAUGUGCUUGAACCGGACGUAUACGAUACUGUGACCGUCCACGCGUCUCUUGGGCAGCAUGAUGGCAUAGCUCCAGCUGUAGCCAACUCCUCCUCGACUAAGACUAUUCCUAUUGCAUCCAAGGAGGGAUAUCUUACAAAGCAGGGGUUUAAUUUCAAGUCGUGGAAGACCAGAUGGUUUGUUCUGAAGGGAAAUGAGAUGAAGUACUUCAGAGCAAGACUGGACACGGAUGCCUUGAGAGUACUGGACUUGAAUACAUGUACAGGAGUGGCCCCAGACUUCACCCAAAAUAAGUCCAACUGUUUCAGCCUGACAUUCCCCGGCCGUACGUUCUACAUGUACGCCAACACCCAGGAGGAGGCUAAUGAGUGGAUGAAGCUGCUCAAGUGGAAACUGGAACACAAAGGCCAGUGACCAUACUAACUGAGGCCAUCAAGGAUUUUGCCAAAGAUUGAUAAGAAGAAACAAGAUACAAUGUACAUUCCUCUUAACAUGCUGUCAUUUUACUUAAGCUUGCUGUGUUAUUAUUAGAUUUAGAUAGAGAUUUAUGAAAUCUAGAAGUGCCUCAAGUUUAUUUAUUACAUUUACACCAGAAAGCACUGCAUUUAUGUCUUUACAAUUAUGCAGAAAUAUUAGAUAAUAAUGAAAUUCAACAUUUCUUGAUCACAGUAUAUUACAUGUAGCUCCAAGAGCUGUUAAAAUGGGGAUGUGGGGCAUUUACCUGAGCCAGUAUUCGAGGGCAGCAGACCAUGACCAACGAGAUUUUACAGCUUGUAUCUGAAGCAAAUGAUUUUAAAGACAUUUGCCCUAGGAAAAAAAUGUUUCUGGAUACCCAGCAGACCCUAGCAAAAACCUGCCAACUGUAGCCUUUUUAUGGAUCAACUGAUGGCAAGGGACAUCUAAUGUUCCAUAUGGGUGAUAAAAACAUUGGUAACUUAUUUUUAUCAUGUUCUCCUGGCAUGUCUGUUGCAAUAGAAAAUUGUACUUGUACAAUGUAUAUCUGUAAAAUAUGAAAAUACCAGUUCCCUGAUGCAUUUAAGAUUUACGUUCAUUUGUUAAAGUUAAUUUGUCGGAUCAUUUCAGCUGAAAUCUAGAUCUAGAUCAAAGAGAGAAAUCUAAGAGAGAAUCCGACCCUGAUUUGUUCAGAAGCACAAUGUUUAUUUUCCUGUAUACGUACCUUAUCCAAGAUGCAGUAUGUAGAUAGGAGACACAGUUAGUUUUAAAAAAGUUGUAUCAUUAGUUAAGUGCACUUGGGUAUGUCAUACAUGUAUGUCUUCUGAGGUGAGGUUCAUUAUCAAAGAGUGACUGAGAUCUGCUUUGUAACAUACUGCAUACCUCAAAAGUAUCAUUAUCAAUGGACCACCAUUCUGAUGCCUAACUCUACAGUCAUCCCUGGCAACACUUAGUGAUACCUGCAUAGUUUUCAGUUAUGCCAGGGUCACAUUUUCAAACUUGGGCCAGGCCAGCUGAUUCUGGCUCAUGCUCAUGAGUGAUUUGUGUGUAUGUUAUCUGUCAUACUUUCUGUCCAAGCAAACUGCCCAGCCAAGCCCCUGUUUGGAAAUCACUCACACUAGCAUUGAGUUGAAGCUGUUAUUAGUAUUCUCUUUUCUAUCUGUACAUGUUGUUGUUUUGUUAUCUAACUAUACAUGCACUUUAACAUUUUAUCUUGUUGAGAUAUUAGGAUAUAGCCUUUGAAAUAGAUAGGUGAAUAUGAUAUCAGAGUGUGACUUAGCUUCUUUGAGCAAAUCAGUUCUUUUCAGGAAUGCACUAGUACCAACCAUACAGAAGCAUAUUUUGUGAUCUCUAGAUUUAAUGGCAAUUGCAAUUCAAUGGUAUACACAGUGUAAUUAUAUUAUCAGACUAUGUAUUGCAUCAUACAAUGGUGUCAUGGGGCUUUGAAUUCACAUUUCAACUACAUACAUGUACAUGUACAUAGCUUGUACAUUCCAAUCAUUGUGCCUAAUAAAGAAGUUCAACU